AGCCUUGGCAAGGAAGAUAUAAAUGCUAUGGAUAACCCGGAUCACAAAUGUCUGGCUCUGUCUGUCUCUGAAAAAUCUGUAUCAAGUGCAGAUUCUACAAGCUGAAUUCACUUCAUACAACAGUACAAAUGACCACUUUAAUUGUCGGUUUCUGCCCUUGCGUGAGCAUGACAGCCAGGCUGGCAAAUUCUUUUAAUAUUCAAUGCAAAAGUUCAUUGGUUGCUCUUCCAAUUAAGAAGAAGAGGACAUGCUGGUCGAGUUUGCAGGCACAAGAACAGUCACAGGCACCCAUUAAUGUCAGUGUGGACGAGGAAAGGGAUGAAUACGAGCAUAAUGCACAACAACCGGAGAAUGGGACACUUAAAUAUGUCAAGGAUGGAGAAGAUGCCACCUCAACCAGUCAAAACAGUGAAUUAACUGCCACAACUAUGACCAAAGAGGUCAUGAAUAGCAUAAAACUACUAAAGAAUGCAGCAAAGACCAGGAAAGUUGCCACAUUGGAGGUUCUCUCUGCUCUUAGAGUUGUUAGAAAUGCUAAACUUAAUGCUCAGAACUUCCUUCAUACUCUUGGGGGAGAUGAAUCUCCUGGACGAACAUGGAUGCUGAUUUUCACAGCACAGGGUAGAUCUGGAAAAGGAUUUUAUUUCCCUAUCACUGCAGUUCAACGAUUUGAUGCAUCUGCAAUGAGGAUUGAAAACGGAAUAUAUUUGGGACCAAUAGGCUGCUUAACAUUUGAAGGAAGGUUUUCCUGGAAGAAGCGAAUCCUGGCCUUCAUUUUUGAAUCUUUGAAUCUGAAGUUUGGUCCCCUUGGUCCGAUCAAAAUCAAUUUGGCAAAAGAAGAAGACAAGAAUCGAAUACCAGUAACCAAGGAUCCAUUUUUCAUUUGGUUUUAUGUUGAUGAAGAGAUUGCUGUUGCUCAAGGGAGGGGUGGAGGAACAGCAUUAUGGUGCAGGUGCACUAGAGUGACAUAGUACAUUCUUUUGAGCUGUUUGAUGAUAUUUUAUUAUGGCAUUAAAGACUUAUUUAGUAUAAUUUCUUUACCAACAAGCGCCAUGUAGAAGGGCAGCUCUAUAUGCUUGCAGAAUUACUUGAGAUGUGAUGACAUUUGCAUUGCUUGUACUCAAGUGUGAGAGGACAUUCUGCUCCACAGACUUGAUACUGUCAAUGUUAACUCUAUGAAGGGUCAUGACUAUUCUGAUUGAAGGAAAGAAAUUAUGUGCAGUGCAACCACUUUGUGCUUUUGGUACAGAACAGAUUUAUAAUAUAGCUGAUAGAUGGGGGUUUGAACCUCCCAUGAAGCCAACUCGCAGCCUGCAAACUCUUCACAUCAAUAUUCAAGGGCAUAAAGUCAUACACUUAAGAAAAAUCUUGCAAUCUAUAUAUUGUACGUGGCUGACCACUAAUUUUCUCUUCAUUGAUGCCAUUGUAAGCUAUCAUUGAAUUCAAGAAAACUGAAAACUUAGUUUCAAAUUUCAUAAAUUAGACUUUGUAUAUGCAUGGCCUUUGUUGGUUAAUGCAUUCUCUCUCCUAUUUUGAAAAUGCGAGAGAAUAUUUUCAAAAUAAUAUUCUUCUCAAAAAACAUGAAAUUUGAAUGUAAAGCUUAUGUAUUGUAACGGAUAAAAUCACAUCUUCACAUGAA